AUGCAGCUACCUACGCAAGGAGCACCUUCGCCGACACGAAGCGCAGCAUCGAGGCGAACGGUCCUCAUGUCCGGUCUGCAACCGCGAGUUUUCUCGAAGCGAUACUCUGCGCCGCCACAUUCGACAAGACCACGCAGAGCAGGAACAAAACCACAUCGUCCGCUCUGCGCAAGCCUGUCGACCGUGUCGGGGGGCGAAAAUUGUUCGUUCGACAAUAAUCGACCUGGCUCGAAAGACAAGGACGGGGACGAUGAAUCGCAACCGAGGACGGAGCCAGCGCAGUCAUCGAUUCUCGACCGACUUGGCGGCCCAGUCGAUAUACAACAACAUGUGCGCAUCUACUUCGCGAAUUUCCACCCCGAAUGGCCAUUCUUGCAUCGAGCGACCUUCAGCGUAGAGCAUGAGCCUGCCUUGCUGUUGUACUCGGUCGUCAUGAUCGGGCUGUGGGCUAGUGGCGAGGAUGCCAAUCGGCAGAUGGCGCUGGAUUUGCAUCGAUGGCUGGGGACGUGUAUAAGGGAACAACAAACAACAUGGGAAUACCUCCCCAAUCAAUCUGACACACUUUCCUCAGCCUGGCCAAUAGCCACAUACCAGGGCAUUCUCCUCUACCUCAUCUUCUCCCUCAUAAUAGCACCGCAGCAAGCCCGCCCACUUACCCUCAGGAUCCCACUCUUCACACCAGAUUAUCAAAUCCUAACUGCCCUCAUGGAAGAGGACCGUGCCAAGCUGCUACGAUUAUCUGAUUUGCAGUUUCCGGAGCCGAAUAGUAACCAUCUAUGGGAGGCGAGAUCAAAUCCAGAGCUUUCGUACUUGCUGGAGGGAAUUAGGAGGGAUGCGGAUCCAGGGAGGAGUCAAUCUAGGAGGUGGAUAUCUGAGUGCGAGGAGCUGCUUGGAGGCUGGGGAUUGGAGUGA